AUGGUAGAUCGAGAAACAGCUAAGGUUUCGGUGGAUGAAGACAUUACGGAAAAAGAGGUGGCAUGGGACUUGUUGGGGACGGUGAUGCAGUUCCCAGAUGAGAAAAACGUGGAAAUGGAUUUCGGAUUGGACAAAUUUCCAGCUUACAGAUUUUUCCCCGGCUCGGACAUCAAGAGAUUCUACAGAGUUCAUUUGCCGGAGAAAUUACCCGAGGAAUUUACGCUCGUCGCCUCUUUCAAAACCCUCCAGCCUACUGGACCCAGUUAUCUCUUUGCCGUUAUUAAUCCCUUAGAGACCGUCAUCCAGCUGGGUCUCAAAAUUUCGAACGGACCCGGGACCAAUCAGAACAUAACGCUUAUCUAUACCAACUCACAGCAGCACUCUCUGUCCGACGAGAUAGCGACUUUCACGGUUCAACGUUUGGUCAAUAAAUGGGCCGAAAUAGUCGUCAAAGUCACGACCACCGAUGUCACGCUCUAUCUGAAUUGCCACGAAUUCGGGAAGCAGAAGGUAACCAGAAUUCCGUCGGUGCUCGUCUUCGACAAGGCUAGUAUACUAUACAUAGCACAGGCUGGUGCCAACAUUAAAGGAAACUUCGACGCUUUGAUACAGGCAAUUGAAAAAGCAUAA